GGGACAAAGCGUGGGCCAGUAUUUCUGCAGCUUGUGGACAGCCAGGUAGGUUAUUAUGUGAAUAUAUUGGAAAAAAAAUAUUAACAAAAUAUAUCCAAAACUUAAUUUUAUGCAGUUAAGCACUGCCAAUGCCGUUGGAAAACCCUUCGAGAUGGUUAUGUGCGUGAAUAUCACAAAGACGAUAUGGAUCAUAAUGUGCAGUGGCGCUACUUUGAACAGUUAAGCUUCCUUAAAGAUCAUAUCAAACCGCGUAGCACUAAUGAAGACUGUCAAGUGGACUUCGAGGUCCUGCCCUCAGUGGACUAUGAAAAUCAGGAUUCGAAUUUAAAUAAUACAACUGAGCUGCCUAAAACCAAAUUGCGUAAAAUCCAAGAUGACGAUUUGGCAGCCAACUUAACAGAAUAUACAAAUGAGACGUUCAGUGGAGAGUCUAAUUCAGCUGAAAUUAUAGAAAUUGCCAGUGGAAAACAGAACAAAUUAAUGGAAAACGCCCAUGCGGAAUUUUUAAAGGUUAUGGGUCUAUUGGAGGACGUUUUAAAGAAAAAGAUAGACCCGGAAAAUGAUGUCCAGAAUAAUCCUUCUUCUGCAUCGCACUUAGGUGAACAAGAUCCAUUUUAUAAAUAUCUGGAAAGUAUAUUGAAUCGGGUCGAUGAGUUUACGCGAAGUGACAUACAAUUGAAAAUUCUAAAUUUUGCCAAUGCAGAGGUAAAAAAUGCGGGUACACAUUAAUAUAAAUAAGACUCAUUGUGUGUGUCACAGCUGCGUAUUUUUUAAACUUUU